GCGCAGGUCCUCCGCGGUCGUCGCGAGUUGAAGCUUAGGCGCACGCGAACGAGCACACUGGAGCACACGGAACCCGUUCGCAGCAACGUUCGUCGCGGACGACGCGAAGAGCGACGUGGGGCCGUGAGGCGUCAGGCGAGAGGGCAGGCGUUCACGGGCCGGAGCUUCGAGCGCGCGCGAGACUACGAUAAUCGAUCGCGGGCGUCGGAUAAGUCGGACAAACCGAGUGGCGUCGCGACGCACGGCACAGUGCACACAGCGUGCUCACGCUCGGCGCUCUCGCCGCUUCCGCGGAACGUAUCGUCGUCGUCGUCGUCGGUGCUCGGAGCCAGUAUGGCCGUAGGACCUCAGCUGUUUUCACGUCACUGCCUUCUUCGUAUCUGAGAGACAAACGAGAGAGAAAAUUAUCGCCAGCACCGCCAGCUGGCUUGAUCCGACGUUAAGUUAAAAAGGGAAGAAGAGGAAAAAAAAUAGAGAAAAUGUCGUCGGUUAAGGUGGCGGUGAGGGUACGGCCCUUCAACUACCGCGAGAUCAGUCGUCAGGCACAAUGUAUCAUAGAAAUGACGGGGAGUACUACUUCCAUAGUGAAUCCGAAAGCUACACCAGGAAGCAAAGAAGCAGUCAAGAGCUUCAACUAUGACUAUUCCUACUUUUCUAUGGAUCCAAAUGAUGACAACUACUCAACUCAGCUUAUGGUUUACAAGGAUAUCGGUGAAGAAAUGUUGGAACAUGCUUUCGAAGGCUAUAACGUUUGCAUAUUUGCAUACGGGCAAACUGGCGCCGGUAAAUCUUACACCAUGAUGGGCAAGCAGGAAGAAGGGCAGGAGGGAAUAAUACCACAGAUUUGCAAGGAUCUGUUUAGCAAAAUCAGCUAUACGUCUAAUGAGCGAUUGAAGUAUUCGGUAGAAGUGAGUUAUAUGGAAAUAUAUUGCGAAAGGGUACGCGAUCUGUUAAAUCCGAAAAACAGAGGAAAUCUUCGAGUAAGGGAACACCCUCUCUACGGACCCUAUGUCGAAGAUCUUUCCAAGCUAGCCGUAUUGUCGUACGAAGACAUUCACGAUCUCAUAGACGAGGGUAACAAGGCCAGGACUGUCGCAGCAACCAACAUGAACGAAACAUCUAGCAGAUCGCACGCAGUUUUCACGAUAUUCUUUACGCAGCAGCAACAGGACAGUGCUACUGGUUUGAUGACGGAAAAAGUUAGUAAAAUAUCGCUGGUCGAUCUGGCCGGAUCCGAGAGAGCUGAUUCGACGGGUGCGAAAGGGACACGAUUGAAAGAAGGAGCCAACAUUAACAAGAGUUUGACGACUCUCGGGAAAGUUAUCAGUGCCCUGGCCGAAAUUGUAGCGACGAAAAAGAAGAAGAAAGCCGAUUUUAUACCGUACAGAGACUCCGUUUUAACAUGGUUGUUGCGAGAGAACUUGGGCGGAAACUCGAAAACUGCUAUGAUCGCGGCAGUUAGUCCCGCCGACAUCAAUUACGAUGAGACGCUUUCAACCUUACGAUACGCGGACAGAGCGAAACAAAUCGUCUGCAAAGCCGUGGUCAAUGAGGACGCAAAUGCCAGACUUAUCAGAGAACUCAAGGAGGAGAUACAGAAACUGCGGGAGCUUCUGAAGCAGGAGGGCAUCGACGUACAAGAAGGGCCAGAUGGCAAAGUUACAUACGAAAAGAAAGAACCUAGGGACGAAAUUAUCAGAACGAACAAGCGGAACGAGGAGGACACCAAGGAGACUCGUUCGAGGAUUUCUUCUCAUACCACAUCCACUAUUGCUGAAGAGGCGGUCGAACAAUUGCAAGCGUCCGAAAAAUUAAUCGCAGAAUUGAAUGAAACAUGGGAGGAGAAGCUGAAGCGAACCGAAUCGAUCCGCCUGCAACGCGAGGCAGUAUUCGCUGAAAUGGGGGUCGCCGUGAAAGAGGAUGGCGUCACGGUCGGUGUCUUCUCUCCUAAGAAGACACCGCAUUUAGUGAAUCUAAACGAGGAUCCUCUCAUGUCGGAGUGUCUGAUCUAUUACAUCAAGGACGGAUUCACGCGCAUCGGUAGCGCCGAGGCGCACGUGCCCCAGGAUAUCCAGUUGUGUGGCCCGCACAUACUUAGGGAGCACUGCGUUUUUGAGAACCACGAGGGAAUUAUAACUCUUAUACCGAAAAACGGAGCCUUGAUUUACGUCAAUGGUCGCGAGGUAACCGAGCCACUUAUCCUAACGACCGGCUCCCGUGUUAUCCUGGGAAAAAGCCAUGUUUUCCGAUUUAACCACCCAGAUCAAGUACGCGAACGGAUAGCGAAUGGAUCCCCGGCGGAAACUCCCGGCAAUAACGAACCAUUAGCGGACUGGAAUUUCGCGCAGGUCGAGCUAUUAGAAAAGCAGGGUAUCGAUCUAAAGGUUGAAAUGGAGAAGAGACUGCUCGUACUGGAGGAACAGUUCCGUAAAGAGAAGGAAGAAGCUGAUCAACUGUUUGAAGAGCAGCGAAAGAGCUACGAAGCACGGAUAGACGCGCUACAGAGGCAAGUGGAGGAACAAAGUAUGACAAUGUCCAUGUAUAGCAGUUAUACGCCGGAGGACUUCAAUAACAUCGAGGAAGAUAUUUUCGUCAACCCAUUGUUUGACGCAGAGAGCAACUGGACGGAGAGAGAGUUUCAACUGGCCGCUUGGGCCUUUCGCAAGUGGAAAUAUCAUCAAUUCACGAGUUUACGAGACGAUCUUUGGGGCAACGCGAUAUUCCUUAAAGAGGCUAAUGCUAUAUCCGUUGAACUAAAAAAGAAGGUUCAAUUCCAAUUUACUUUACUCACGGACACUCUUUAUUCACCUCUACCUCCGGAUCUUUUACCCAUUAUGGACGAAGAAGAGGAGGAUGAAAGACCGUUCCCGCGCACGAUUGUUGCCGUUGAGGUUCAAGAUACGAAAAAUGGUGCUACGCAUUACUGGACAUUGGACAAGCUAAGACAGCGCUUGGAGCUGAUGCGACACGUGUACAACGAGGACUCGAGCCCCAGCACUCCGGAGGCCAAAGAGGAUAUUUUCCAAUGCCUUACAGUCUACUCUAAUCCGAAGUUCUCGCUCGCAAAUCUUUUGCCUUCGAGGCAAAGGCUGGAGUUGAUGCGCGAGAUGUAUCACAACGAGGCCGAGCUCUCACCUACGUCUCCGGAUUUCAAUAUCGAAUCCAUCACAGGAGGUGAUCCGUUUUAUGACCGAUUUCCGUGGUUCCGCAUGGUCGGCAGAGCUUUCGUGUAUCUGAGCAACCUCAUGUACCCGGUGCCACUAAUCCACAAGGUAGCCAUCGUGAACGAAAAGGGCGACGUCAAGGGUUACUUGCGAGUCGCCGUACAGGCCGUAGUUGAAGAGGAAAACAGUGAAUACUCAAGUGGCGUUAGACAAUCAGCGCGAAUCUCCUUCGAGGAUGACUUGUUCGGCGGGCACAAACACAACAAACGCAGCUCGCUUCUGGCUCAGACUUUGGAAAAGAAUCGGCAGAUCAUGCUGCACGAGGAGCGCGUGGUCGAAGGGCACAACGAGAUCAAUCAGAAGGACAUGAAGGACGAGGACGACAUGGGAGAUGCCGACAGCGGCAGGGGCGACAGCUCGGUCUCGAGCGACAUGAAGGAGGAAGAGCUGCCGGAUCACUUGCAACCCGGUGCGGAAUUCACUUUCAGGGUAACGGUCCUACAAGCUAUGGGUAUCUCCACGGAAUACGCUGACAUUUUCUGUCAGUUCAACUUCCUGCAUCGACAUGACGAAGCUUUCUCGACGGAACCGGUAAAGAACACCGGCAAGGGUAAUCCACCCGGAUUUUAUCACGUACAGAACAUUACAGUGACGGUUACCAAAUCCUUCUUGGAAUAUCUGAAGACUCAACCCAUCGUCUUCGAAGUGUUCGGCCAUUAUCAGCAACAUCCGUUGCACAAGGACGCGAAACUGGAAUACAGCGUACGACAGCCACCGAAGAGGAUGCUUCCGCCAUCCAUACCGAUCAGCCAACCAGUCCGUUCGCCGAAAUUUGGAAGCGUCCUGCCGUCUCCUAGCACGUCGCAUGUGCACGCCAAAUACGACGUGCUAGUAUGGUUCGAGAUCUGCGAGUUGGCACCGAACGGCGAAUACGUGCCGUCGGUGGUGGACCACAGCGACGAUCUGCCGUGUCGUGGACUAUUCUUGCUCCAUCAGGGCAUACAACGGCGUAUACGAAUCACCAUUGUGCACGAACCGGCUUCCGAAUUGAGAUGGAAGGACGUGCGCGAGCUCGUGGUCGGCCGCAUUCGGAACACCCCGGAACCCGAGGAAGAGGACAACGAUUCGUCUGUGCUUUCGCUGGGCCUGUUCCCCGGCGAGUAUCUCGAGAUUCCCGGCGACGAUCGAACCAUGUUCAGAUUCGAAGCGGCCUGGGAUAGCUCCCUGCACAACUCGGCUCUGCUCAAUCGCGUCACGUCUUACGGAGAGCAAAUCUUUAUGACCAUCUCCGCGUAUCUCGAGCUGGAGAAUUGUGGAAGACCUGCGAUUAUCACGAAAGAUCUGAGCAUGAUCAUCUACGGAAGAGAUGCAAGAGUCGGGCCACGCUCACUUAAGCACCUGUUCAGCGGCACAUAUCGCAACCAGGAAGCGAAUCGACUCAGCGGCGUCUACGAAUUGGUGCUGCGUCGUUCUUCGGAAGCAGGUAGCCCAGGAGUUCAAAGACGUCAACGUCGCGUUUUGGACACGAGCUCCACGUACGUCAGGGGCGAGGAGAAUCUGCACGGAUGGAGACCACGCGGAGACAGUCUUAUAUUUGAUCAUCAAUGGGAGCUCGAGAAGUUGACGAGGCUGGAGGAAGUGGAGAGAGUGCGGCACACAUUGUUGUUACGGGAGAAGCUCGGCAUUGACAAAGUACCGUUCUGCAAUAAACCUCUGCACGAUUUUACAAAGAGCGAAAAGGAUGUGUGUAAUAUGGUGGCGAAGGCUACGAACGAGCCACACGCCAGCCCGGUGAAGCUGAAACGUUCGACGAGUAAAGACGUUUACGAACCCUGGGAGAUGACCGAGAAGGAGCGUGAAUUAGCGACCAAGUACAUUAAACUCAUCCAGGGAAGAAUCCCGAGCAAGGAGCCGAUUAUGCUCACCGAUGUUUCGCCCGGGGAAGACACCAUAACCGAUCUAUCCGCGUCUAUGAUGUCCUCGGUCAUAUCGUCCUCAUCUCAAGAGUCAGUAUAUGCGAGAGCUAGCGAUUUGUUAGAGCAGGCUGCUGGUAUAAUAAUAUGGAGCAGGUCUAAGUCGUGCCUCCUUAGGUUGAGCUCACCGGAGAGGGCUAGACUGCAAGAGCUCCAGGAGAGUAUAUUGGCGAGCGAGUCGGCUAAUCAGACCUGCACUGUCGCGCCCCCGCCGCUCGGAUCAUCCUCGCCGUCGAAGGAGAACCUGGUGCUGUACGUGCCGGAAGUGGAGGAAAUACGUAUUAGUCCGGUCAUCGCGCGGAAGGGCUACUUGAACGUUCUCGAGCACAAGACCAACGGCUGGAAGAAACGCUGGGUGGCUGUCCGCCGACCGUACGUUCUCAUUUUCCGUGAGGAGAAAGAUCCCGUUGAAAGGGCAUUAAUUAAUUUAGCUACGGCUCAAGUUGAAUACUCCGAAGAUCAGCUGGCCAUGGUGAAAGUGCCGAAUACCUUCAGCGUCGUCACCAAGCACAGGGGAUACUUGCUGCAAACUUUAGGGGAUAAGGAGGUCUACGACUGGCUGUAUGCGAUUAAUCCUCUCCUAGCUGGUCAAAUUAGGUCAAAACUCGCCCGUAAAAGUCCGGCUGCCCUGAAUCUAAGUAACGGCGCGCCGAUUGGCAUGACACCGCAGCUGGAGCAGCAGAGCAAUCAGACCAAGUGAGUGGUCGACACUAUGGCCGGGGUAACGAGUGCAAUAGCGAAGGCGUCGGAAAAAAUUAUGUGUUGGUCACACUCGGCCUUAGAGUCCCAAGACUUCUGUAACUUUCGAUUUCCGCUAGUCUUUGAUUGACCAGACAGUGGCGAAGCUGUCCCUUGAGACUACUCCACGAUCGGCGGCAUAUAAUAUCGACGUUUUACUUUACACAGCGUCCCCUUAGCACGUUACAGGGCAAUCAGAGCGGGGAAAAAAAUGAAAGGAAGGAAGAUAGUGCUCGUCUUUCGAAGAAGUUACAAAUGCGCGUACAAAUGCAUUCGGUUACACCGUACUGGGAAAAAAAAUGCGUUCGUUUUCGAGUCUCUCCGUACAUUUCGAAUCCGCAUUCGAAGUGCUCCCCACGUCGACGAGACACGAGGUCGCGCGCGCACGAGCGCGCGAAUGUUUUCAUUGAACUUUUAUUUCCGUGAUACGUAUGUCGUAAUUACGCGAUACUCCUUACGUGACGUAUGAGGGAGAUAGCAAAUGCAUUUAUGCCUAAUAAACAUAUUCCUAAGACGAUCACUGAAAAUCGGGAUAAGGAAUACAUGUUAUAGAUAUAUCUGUAGAAGAGGAAGUAUGCAAGAGAAAGCGAGAAAGAGAGAGAGAAAGAGAGAGAAAACGAAAUAAACGAGAGACAAGAAGAAUAUUAGUAAUUUCAUACGCAAGCUUAACGAUCGCUUAGUACACAGAAAGAUUAUUACAACGGAGAAAAAAAAGAGCGUUAACAUUUUGUAAGAUGAUUCGAGCAAAUCGUUAAGACUCGUUUAAGAUAGUACUCUGUCUAAGCAUUUUAGUAUCGUGACGAUCGUUUAAAAAAGUAGAGACGAUUUUCUAUGAGGAUUACAUUCCCAUUUUUCGUUUACCAAUCGUUUUCUUUUACUCGAUCAAGCAGAUUAGACACGUAUACCUAUACUGACUAUCCGAUUUCCGUAUGAAAGGUCCUAUACGCUGCCGUACACGCAAUCGAUCGGCCGAGUCGCUCGAUGAAGAUUUUACCUUCUUAAUUAGAGAUUCAAGUAAUUUCGGUUGCAGCGCACGUAUACUGUAAGAUAGGAUAAUAUUGCUCUAAAGUAACGACGCUAACUUUGCAUCGGAAUGCAAAAAAGAUUCGAAUACCAUUUAAGGUGUGAAAUCUAAGAGGCAACGAAAGUGGGAGAUAGGAAUCGCUACUUCUUGACUCGCAGAAUACUUUCUUUUAACGUAGUUCGAAACGUUUUUUCGCACUGCAUCGCUAUUAUCCUCGAUAUAGGGUAAUUUUAUCCUGUCUUAAGAUAUCUGCAAAUCCUACAUAUUUUUUUAGUACUUGGCAGCUACUGUUUUACUAUAUAAAUAGAUUAAAGAGUUUUAAAGCAAAGCGAUACAAAAAAACAAGAGUCCUUAAGAACAGAUUGAAUACACAAUAACUUAACAUUUGUAACUCUCUGUUUCUAAGAAUUUUUGUCCAAAAAUAAUGUAGAAAUCUUGCAACGAGAUAAUAACAAUUCGUACGAAACUUGGUUACAAUUCUAAUGCAGCAUUAUGAUAUGUAUAACUGUAUUUUUCUUCUUCACUCUUCAAGACAAAAGUCGUGCACGAUUUUUACGAAUCAUAACGGGAUUUUAAGUUGUUAUCAUUGUUGCGAGAUUACAUGGAGAAAAUAAUUCCGACAAGAGAGCGGAAAAAUAAUGCAAAAACUUAUAAAAACUUCUUCGAAACACGAAUAAAUACGCAAUGUAGUCGGCAAGCAAGCGGCAUGUCCAGACGACGUAAGAAAUUUUUCUAUUUGUAAUCGACCGAGAUCCACAUUGAUACGAAGCUGGGACGAAGCUUUGGGGUUUUCGCACUUGGUAUCUCACAGUAUGCGAAAUAGAUAAAAUUACGCUAAUCUAUGGAUAUAGACGCCACACUCUGACACAUCGUGUUUUCAUGUCUACUUUUAGAGCUUAAGCAGCGCUCCUCGAAGACGUUCGCCGCGCAAUGCGGCACGGACGUAUGUACCCGCGACGAAUGUGCGUCGACGAACGUAACUGAUGACUUCGUCUAACGAGGAAAUAUUCAAUUUGGGAUCACCGGGUUCUUGACGAACAAUUUAUUCACUUGUAGCAAAUGAACAAAAUUGGAAUUAUAUGACAAAACUUAUUUUUUUCAGAAUAUGAAGUUACAGCUAGAGUUGGUACAGAAAGAAUUCAAUUCUCGUUCGAUCCAAUUCUUUUUUCGAAGCAGAACGAUCUGUUUUCCCAGUUUAUAGUUCAACGAUCUGAAAUUGAUAGCUUCCUCGCAAGAUGGUAGACGAUUGCGUUGUUCCGAGGCUUUUACUAACUUCUCUUACGUGUAACAAAUUUCGGAUAACAGGUGCGGCAUUAUAAAAUACAUGUGUCUACUGUGCACCUCACAUGGAGAACAUCUCAACGUCUUUGAUAUUAAUUCACGAUACACGUGAUUGCGCGGAGUGUCCAAAUGCGGCAUGUAGUCAAAAAGGACUCGUUCUCUUGAUAUAUAUUACGUAUAUAAUAGCAUUCCAUGACGGUCGACAUCAGUCGACAUGUAGUACUGAGACAUUUCACGCACAGCAAAAACCCGAUUUGUUUAGCUCCAUCCCAUGCCGUCUAGUACGUUCCCCAUUGCUCAGAUAGUUUAUCGAAAAACGAAUUUAGUAAAAGCGUUUACUACCAAUUCUCUCGGCAGAAUGCCAGCAGAAAUAUAACAGAAACUGCUAACGGAACAUAAUAGCGGAUUGACUGCAGAAACCGAGUGCAAUUUCAUAGUCAUUUAUAUAUAUAUAUAUAUAUAUAUAUAUAUAUAUAUAUAUAUAUAUAUAUAUGUUCGAAUUAACUCGUUAUAAAAUGGCAGAGUUUACUCGGUUUUUGCUGGCAAAUUGCUAUCAUUCUGUUAGCAGAUUCUAUCGAUUACAUUGGUAGACUCUAUUAGCGGAACACGAGCUUAUCGCGGACACAAUUAAUGUCAAUUUGCCAAAGUUUCCCACUCGAAUCUACUGAAAAACCAUUAGCAUACUGCUAACAUUUUGUUUACUGGGCAGUUUUUGCAAAGUACCAAGUUUUGUCGGCAGAAUAUUAGCAGAAAUAUAACAGAAUGCGAAUCUGUCGCAGAAGAUCUGCUGGCAAGCUGCUGUAAACGCCCAAGUACAAUCGAAGGUAUACGUAUAUAUACAUUUUGUAAUUAUAUAUUGGACUCUGUCGCUUCUCCAAAUCACAUUCCGCGAGUGUAACUUAGGAGCGUGUCUACGUAAUACUCUUUUUAUCGUCCAAAUGUUAAUGACAUCAUUGUACUCCUUAGUUACUAGUCCUUUCAGCAAGGAACCUUAUUUUCGAACUCCUUUUGCAAGUGCGAACGUUUUUUCUUAAAUGUUGCCCUUCCAUCGAAGUGGUCUAUCGAUUUCGUGUACCUUGACGUCUCUCGAGGGACAAGAUUCUGACCAAGAUUCUCCAGGGGAGAGGGAAGUCCCGACGUAGAUGUCGAUAUCGGAAUUUGACGGCAUACGAUAUCGUAAAUCCGGACACGCUUGAUUCUAGUCACAAAGGCGCUUCGCGCGCUAGAUCCUGAGGCCGAUUAUAUUUUUUCUCUUUUCUUUUUCUUCGAUCGCCCACACGAUUCUCGAUCGCGGCUUCACACAGAGUGUAACGCCCCGCCACUGAUCAAUCCGUUUUCGCUUGGCUGACUGUUGUAGUAUAUCUGAUAGUUUUAUUUUAUUAACGACACACCACUGUAUGACGUAUCGAGAAAUAAAUGCAUAAAUAUAUAAGUUGAACUUUAGGCUCUCUAUCGACUAUGCCGAAGAGCAAAGUGGUGUCGGGAAGAUAGGGUGAAAAGAAAGGAGGAAAAGAAAAAGGGAAAAAGAAGAAAACGCGUAUAUUACAAGAGAAAUUUACAUCACAUUUAAGUCGUUGGAGAGAUUAAUAAUCAUUGUUAUUAAUAGUAGACGAAAUAUAAGAGAA